GCUGGAUUUCCACUGGACCACGAAAACAACUAAGCGUAGCUACCUCGAACACAGGAAAACUGCAACCAAGACGAGAAAAAAAACACACAUCAACAAACUCGUUAUGACGCAGAUUUAAGAACUUUUUACGGACUUCUAACAAUAGUUCAUUAGUUUUAAGCGACGUAUUUUCAGAUCGACUUCGUAUUGGUGAUGCCCGCUGGUAUGUUUAGCAUCGACAGUAUCUUGGCCGCGAGACCCAGCUGUAAGGACUCCGUGCUGCUUCAUCGGAAUGCCCCGGUUGUGUUCUCGAAUUUGACGGAUUCUCUCUACACUGCCACCGAGUAUAAUGGACUCUAUUCGCACACAACUGGACCGUCUCCCCCCGGUAUUCAGUCGGUAAACGGAACCAGAUUAGGAUAUAAUAAUUAUUACUAUGGACAACUGCAUGUGCAGGGCCCCGCUGGCCCUGCGUGCUGUGGUUCCAUCCCAACCCUCGGUUCGCAGCAGUGCCCUUGCAUUCCGACAGGCUACGACAGCUCUGGAUCGGUGCUCUUAUCUCCCGUCCCGCAUCAGAUGAUGUCUUAUAUGAACGUUGGUACCUUGUCGCGGACGGAGCUUCAGUUACUGAACCAGCUUCACUGCCGACGCAAGAGGAGGCACCGCACCAUCUUUACCGAUGAGCAGCUCGAAGCCCUUGAGAACCUCUUUCAGGAGACCAAAUACCCUGACGUUGGCACACGGGAGCAACUCGCACGGAAAGUACACCUGCGAGAGGAGAAGGUUGAGGUGUGGUUCAAAAACAGGCGCGCUAAAUGGAGGAGACAGAAAAGGUCGUCUUCGGAAGAGUCUGAAAAUUCACAGAAAUGGAACAAAACAACGAAAACACCCACAGAGAAAACUGAGGAAAUCAAAAGUGAUGUCGAUUCAGACAGCUGAAAAAAAAACAUUGCAUUUAAGUGGAUGCGCAAAUCUUGCACAUGCCUUUAUUAUAGACGAUUUGGACUUGUACAUAGUGUAAAUGUCAUGUGAAUUGAUGACAUAUGUGUAAUGAAAUGUGUUGCCAUUAUGUUGCACAAUUGUAAAGUAAAAAUUACUGUUAUUAUUGCUAUAUGUGUAGACUAUUUAUAAUUAAUUUAAGUGUUAAUGUUGCGCACGGUAAUAAUGACAUGAAACCUAAUGGAGUUAAUGGCGUACCUGAAUAUAAUCUGACAUCUCAUAUGGAUAUUACAUGUUACAAAUCUGAUAGCCUAUUGUUUGUCAUACUUGAGUGGUAGAACUUCUUUAACAAACGUUGAAAGCUGAAAGAUGUUUAAAUUAAUAACAGUCAUUUUAAAAACCAUUUAAUUUAACAAUGUGAAUGGGCAAAGUUUUGAUUUUAGCCUAUUCGAGAUAAAUAAACCUCGCAGUAGGUUGCAACGUGGAAUUGAUUGGUAACUUGUGUUUUAUACAACCAAUGAUACAAUAAUAAUGAAUAUACAUUAAAUCAUAUCUAAAACAUCGAAA